CCCAGGCCCGAGCCACGCGGGCUGCCGGGCCGGGGCUCGAUGGCUACGUGGAGGCGGGACGGCAGGCUGACCGGCAGCCAGCGGCUGCUGUGCGCUGGGCUGGCGGGGGCGCUGAGCCUCAGCCUCACCGCGCCCCUGGAGCUCGUCACCGUGAUGGCCCAGGUCGGCGUCGUGCGCGGCCACGCCCAGGGGCCGUGGGCCACGGGGCGCCGGGUGUGGCGGGCCGAGGGGCCCCGGGCCCUGUGGAAGGGGAACGCGGUGGCGUGCCUGCGCCUCUUCCCCUGCAGCGCCGUGCAGCUCGCCGCCUACCGCAAGUUUGUUGUGCUGUUCACGGAUGACCUGGGUCAUAUUUCCCAGUGGAGCUCCAUCAUGGCUGGGAGUCUCGCAGGCAUGGUUUCCACCAUUGUGACAUAUCCUACAGACCUCAUCAAAACCCGGUUGAUUGUGCAGAACAUGCUGGAACCAUCUUACAGGGGGCUCCUCCAUGCUUUUUCUACUAUUUAUCAACAAGAAGGGUUCCUGGCCCUUUAUCGAGGGGUUUCCCUCACUGUUUUAGGUGCUCUCCCAUUCUCUGCUGGCUCCCUUCUAGUUUACAUGAACCUGGAGAAAAUCUGGAAUGGACCCCGAGAUCGGUUCUCUCUCCUUCAGAACUUUGCCAAUGUCUGUCUGGCUGCUGUGGUAACCCAGACCCUCUCUUUUCCCUUUGACACUGUGAAGAGAAAGAUGCAGGCUCAGAGCCCCUAUCUUCCCCACCAUGGAGGAGUGGAUGUCCAUUUUUCAGGAGCCAUGGACUGCUUCCAGAAGAUAGUGAAGACCCAAGGGGUACUGGGGCUCUGGAAUGGGGUGACAGCCAACUUACUGAAGAUAGUUCCAUAUUUUGGAGUUAUGUUUAGCACCUUUGAGUUCUGCAAGAGAAUCUGUCUUUACCAAAAUGGUUACAUUGUGUCUCCUCUGAGCUAUAAGUUGACCCCAGGGGUGGACCAGAGUUUGAAGCCCCAGGAAUUACGGGAAUUAAAGAAGUUCUUCAAAACUGGAAAACUAAAGUCUAAAAAACCAACUCUGUAAAACUGAAUGGGACUGGAAGUCCACUGACUGAAGGCAUGUUGCAAUCACAGAUAAACGGAGCUGCAUAAUUGUGCACAUGAGGAGUGAUGAGAGGGUACUCCUGUCUGCUGCUCUUGGAAAUGAGACAGUUUGGCUGUACACCACCUCGGAGCUCCAAACUCAUGUCCCUGUGAACACGUGCUCUGAGCUGGUUUCCCAACACUACUGUGGCAUUCUACCAGAUUUUAUAACCAAAGCCUAGCAUUAAUAAAAUGUGCGAUUUGCACUCUGAAUAGAGACACGAUACCAAGAAAGGGUAUCACCAUGGCCCCUCAAAGCAACAUGUGGCUGAGCAGAUACCACGUCCUGAGCUCAGUGACAAUGUCAGGGUUGCUCACAAUUAAUGCAAAGUUUGCACGAACCAACACUGGCCUAAUUUCGCUCACUUUGACCUGAGGUUUCCCAGUAUAAUUGUUCUUGAAUUCAUAACCUUUGCCAACUUCUGAGUGCACACACCACAGUGGAAAUUAUGCCUCAUUACAAACAAUGAAUACAUUUAACAUUAAAAGUUAUUACUAUCAUAGUAGAACCAUCCUUCUUUAUUGAAAUUUGAAGCAUCUCAGGCUUAGGAUCUUGUGUUUCAGGAAGGUAGUUUUUACCAUGACAGCUUAAUUAUGCCCCCAAAGACCGUUUUCUGAUUGAAGUCAUGUACAGUUCAAGUGGCCUGAAUGCUCUGCCUUUUGAACUUGCUUUUGCAAGCCUACCCUAAAAAUAAAUUAUUUCAUGAACUUAAGUUAUUCUUACAAGAUGUCCCAGUGGCCUAGAAAGGAUCAAAUGAAACAUCUGAUACACAUACCAAAAAAAAAAAAUGUAACUGAAUAAAAACACUUUAGGCCAAUCACCUGUACUAGAUUUUUAAAAAAUCAAAUUUCAGGAUUGUCCCACCUUGUGGAUUCUAUGUAAAGUUUAUAUAACUGUACCUUUCAAAUAGUGCCUAUCCAUGCAUUUAAAAACACAUUAGACUUCUGGUCAAGAUGGUGGAAUAGACAGUCCUCAGUGUCACCCUCUCCUGCAAAUCAACCAAUUUACAACUAUAAAAAAGGAACAACAGCCAAGCUGGGGCCACUAGAGCUCAGGGGAAGAGGAGGAGAGACCUACAGAGAGCAUGAAGAAGGGAGAAGCCAUGGUGAGAGAAAGAAAAAACUGUUCCAACCAUUUCGUGCCAUGGCCACUUUAAGGCUGAAGCUGCUGAGUGCAUGGAGCAGGAGCUGGGAAAAAGCUGCAGCUGUGCCCUUCAGAUGGAGUUGCUUGGAGGUGGUAAGGGAGAAGAGGGCCUCUGUGGCCCCCAGGCCAGCAAGACCACUAAUAGGGUUCCCGUGGACUCACAUAGGAGCAAGGAGCCACAACAACUGAAAAAAAAGAGCCACUGAGAGGCAGGUGAGUCAUCGCAAGGGACCAGUGCAUGGUCUAUCCCACGAGAAGUGUUUGCAGCAUGGGCAGUGGGGGAGAUGGGCCCACCAGCAGAACACUGGGGCACAGCAAGGACAGCUGAUCUGCCCCCAAUCAGCGCAGGACCACUCAGAGGGGACUGGUCAAGAAUAUGGAAUUGCAUGGGGUGCAGUUUGAUGAAAAGACUCAGGCCCAGAUCAGAGUUACUACACAACCCAGGUGCACUGAGUCUCUGGUGAGCUGGGAGUACCUAUAAAGUCCACCAUUAAAACCUGAGCUGCACAAAAAGCCUUCCCUGGGGAAUCAGUAGCAAAGCAGCAAUUUAGCUAAACCACACAGCUCAAGUACUGGUCCCCACAGGAAGUUCCCCCAUUUUAGAGGUAAGCAAAAGACAAAAAAUAAGUUCUGGCCCAGGCACACCGCCAGUGCCUGGGGGUCCACCUGGGGUCCUGAGGUGUGGAGCCAGGACCAGACCCUCCUUCCAUAACCAGGCACACCGCCAGCACCACAAGGCCUGCCCAGGGCCCUAAGGUAUGGAGCCAGGGACUGGACCGCCCCCCACCCCACAACCAAGCACACCUCCAGCACCUUGGGGCCCACGCAGGGACCUGAGGCAUGGAUCUGGGGACCGGACCCUGCCCCACAACCAGGCACACCACCAGCACCAAGGAGCAUGCUAAAAACAUCACCUCCAUGUGUGUGGCCCACCACAGCCAUCACAAUAACCAUGGCUGCCAUGAAACUGGCUGGACACCACAACCACCACGCAGAUGGUCCUCCAGCCACUGGAAGGAACAGACACAAGGAGAGUCACCAACAAAGACCAAAGAAAAGAAGAGGAUGUCUCUCUCCACAAAGCCCAUUCCAGAGCAACAGAAGAAGCACCUGCUCUACGAUAAUAUUGGGGGACCUGAACACACCUCUCAGCAUUGGACAGAUCAUCUAGGCAACAAAUCAACAGAGCAACCAUUACUCUUUCAGAAGCAGAGAAGAAAUCUAGGGUUAUCAGAGGUGGGAGGGGAGAGGGAGAGGAAGAUAGGGAGAGGAUGGACAGGGGGCAUAAAGCAUAAGUAUGCUUUGUAACAAUAUAUAUGCUAAUAAUAUUGAUUUGAUCAACAUAUGUCAAUGUUGAA